AUGAGCCACCGGACCCUGCAGCUCCUGGCUGUGCUGACUCUGGGCCUGGCCACCUCCCAACACCGAGACAAGAUGCCCUGUAAGAUGGUGGACAAGGAGGCCUUGUGCCAGGGCCUUGGUCUGCUCCAGGUUCCCUCAAUGCUCCCACUGGACAUCGAGGCCCUGGACCUGUCUGGAAAUCAGCUGCGGGGCAUUCUGGACUCACCGCUGGGCUUCUACACGGAGCUUCGUCACCUGGACCUGAGUGGCAAUGAGAUCAGCUUCUUUCAGCAGGGUGUCUUCCAGGCCCUGCCGCAUCUGGAACACCUCAACCUGGCCAACAACUGCCUGGGGGUGGGCACCUUGCUGAGUACCACCGGUCUGGGCACCCUGCCCCGCUUAUUGUCCCUGGACCUGUCUGGGAACAGCUUGUACAGUGGCCUGGUGGAGCAGCUGCUGGGGGAGGCCCCUGCCCUGUGCACCCUCUCAUUGGCCGAGAACAGCCUGACCCGCCUGGCCCGCCACACCUUCAGGGGCACGCCCGCGCUGGAGCAGCUGGAUCUGCACAGCAACGUGCUGAUGGACAUCGAGGAUGGUGCUUUCGAGGCCCUGCCUCGCCUGGCCCACCUCAACCUCUCCAGGAACUCCCUCACCUGCAUCUCCGACUUCAGCCUCCAGCAGCUGCGGGUGCUAGACCUCAGCUGCAACAGUAUCGAGGCCUUUCAGAUGGCGCCCCCGGAGCCCCAGGCAGAGUACCAGCUGGCCUGGCUCGAUCUGCGGGAGAACAAACUGCUGCACUUCCCCGACCUGGCUGCCCUCCCCAGACUCAUCUACCUGAACGUGUCCAACAACCUCAUCCGGCUCCCUGCACGGCCACCCCUGGGAGGCGAGGGCAUCCAUGCACCUUCUGAGGGCUGGGCAGCCUUGCCUCUCUCAAACCCCAGCUGGAAUGCCAGCACCCACCACCACUCCCAGCUCCUGAACCUGGACUUGAGCUACAAUGAAAUUGAGCUCCUCCCGGAGGGCUUCCUUGAACACCUGUCCUCCCUGCGAUUCCUGAACCUCAGCCGGAACUGCCUGCGGGCCUUCGAGGCCCAGCCCGCUGGCUCCCUGCCCUGCCUGCUGCUCCUGGACAUUAGCCACAAUGCCCUGGGGGCACUGGAGGUGGGCGCCCGGGCCCUGGGGUCUCUGAGGACGCUGUUCCUGCAGGACAAUGCCCUGCGGGACAUGCCCCCCACCACCUUUGCUGGCCUGGCGAGCCUGCAGAGGCUCAACCUGCAGGGGAACCGGGUCAGGCCCUGCGGGGGGCCGAGCCAGCUGGGCCUCUCGGACUGCGUGACCUUCUCCGGCAUCCCCUCCCUCCGCAUCCUGAACCUAGUGGACAAUGAGAUGGAGGUGCUCCACGCGGGCACCUUCCUCCACACCCCGCUUACCGAGCUGGACCUCUCUGCCAACCCUGGGCUAGACGUGGCCACAGGCGCCCUGGCCGGCCUGGAAGCCUCCUUGGAAGUCCUGGCCCUGCAGGGCAACGGGCUGGCCACGCUGCAGGUCGACCUGCCUUGCUUCAGCUGCCUCAAGCGGCUCAACCUUGCCGAGAACCGCCUGAGCAGCCUGCCUACCUGGACGCAGGCCGUGUCCCUGGAGGUGCUGGACCUGAGGAACAACAGCUUCAGCCUCCUGCCAGGCAGCGCCAUGGGAGGCCUGGAGACCAGCCUCCGGCGCCUCUACCUGCAGGGGAAUCCUCUCAGCUGCUGCGGCAAUGCCUGGCUGGCCUCCCAGCUGCACCAGGGCCGCGUGGACGUGGAUGCCACCCAGGACUUGGUCUGCCGCUUCGGCUCCCGGGAGGAGGUGUCCCUGAGUCAUGUGCGCCCCGAGGACUGUGAGAAGGGGGGGCUCAAGAAUGUCAACCUCAUCAUCAUCCUCUCCUUCACCCUGGUCUCCGCCAUCCUCCUCACCACGCUGGCCGCCUGUUGCUGCGUCCGUCGGCAGAAGUUCAGCCAACAGUACAAAGCCUAGAGACGCCCAGGCUGCUGACAAGCUCAGCCCGGAGGCCCGUCACGGGGUCAGUGGAGGAGCCAGAAGCACGGAGAAGGGGAGGGGCUGACACAACAAGCCAGGGUCCUGGAACCCCAGCCAUGGCUCCUUUCCCUGCUUCCUGCUGCAUCAGAAGGUGACACUUCCAGGCGCGCACAUGUGGCUCAGCUGUGAAAGCCCCAAGUUGGGCAACUUCAGGGAACAAGGUUGAACCAGCAGCUCAACAGAUCCUCGGGGCAUUCGUGUUGUGCCACACCCUGCUCUGAGCACUGG